AAUGGUGAAGGAUGGCUUCAUAUUUGAAACCUCUGCUCUCCUUGCUUUUCUCUAUAUUCUUCUUCUCCCUAGCCUCACCCAUCGAUGCUGAGCUGCAGCACCCUCUAGACUCUCUUAGCCCGGCCGAGUUCACCCUGGUUCAAAACAUAGUCAAUAAAUCUUACCCCACUCCACACCACAAUCUCACCUUCCAAUACGUAGGCCUAAACGAGCCAGACAAACCACUCGUCCUCGCUUGGCUCUCACACCCGACCACCAAACUACCACCUCGCCAAGCCCUAGCCAUUAUCCGACUCAACAAACAAACUCAUGAGAUCAUCAUAGACCUAUCGAAAAGACAAGUCAUUUCUGAUGAAGUCUAUGAAGGUUCUGGCUACCCUUUACUAACCAACGAAGAGCAAUCUGCUGCAAUUGAGUUGCCAUUCACGUAUGAGCCAUUUAUUGAGUCCAUAAAGAGUAGAGGGCUGAACUUAUCCGACGUUGUUUGCUCUACUUUUACUGUUGGAUGGUAUGGAGAAGAGAAGAGUAGAAGGGUUUUGAAAGUUCAGUGCUUCACUAAGAAAGAUAGUGUUAAUAUUUAUGUGAGACCAAUUGAAGGAAUAGCGAUUGUCGUUGCCCUUGAUGAGAUGAAGAUCGUAGGAUAUGGUGACAGGCUCAGAGCUACUGUUCCAAAAGCUGAGGGAACUGAGUAUAGAGCUUCUGUGCUGAAGCCACCGUUCGGCCCCAAGCUCAGUCGUGUAGCAAUGGUGCAACCUGACGGACCAGGGUUCAAGAUCAAUGGACACAUGAUCAGUUGGGCUAAUUGGGAGUUUCACCUUGCCUUUGAUGUUCGGGUGGGGCCAAUAGUUUCCCUGGCAUCAAUCUAUGAUCUUGAGAAGCAGGAAUUUCGUCGGGUAAUGUAUAGAGGAUACACAUCUGAACUAUUCGUACCUUACCAAGACCCUUCUGAGGAUUGGUUCUUCAAAACCUUCUUCGACUGCGGUGAGUUUGGGUUCGGCCUCUCCGCCGUGUCUCUGGAGCCCCUCACUGAUUGUCCAUCCAAUGCUGUAUUCCUGGAUGGAUACUAUGCUGCACAAGAUGGCUCACCCACUAAUAUUUCCAAUGUUUUCUGCAUAUUUGAACGCCAUGCCGGAGAAAUCAUGUGGCGCCACACAGAAUCAGGAAUUCCAAAUGAAACGUAUAGGGAGGUUAGGUCGGAUGUGAGCCUGGUAGUCAGGAUGGUAUCUACAGUGGGCAAUUAUGACUACAUCCUUGAUUGGGAAUUCAAGCCUAGUGGCUCAAUUAAACUUGGGGUUGGGCUAACAGGAAUUCUAGAAGUGAAGGCAGUGAACCAGACACAUACAACUCAGAUAAAAGACGACGAGCAUGGAACAUUGGUGGCAGAAAACUCCAUUGCCGUAUCACAUGAUCACUUCUUGACCUACUACUUUGAUCUUGAUAUAGAUGGUACUGCCAAUUCCUUUGUAAGAACAGGUCUGGUGACAAAACAUGUUACAGAGCCUGGUGUGCCUAGGAAGAGCUAUUGGACUGCCGUGACCGAAACAUUAAAAACAGAGUCCAAUGCUCGGAUUAGGCUUGGAAGGGAACCAUUUGAUUUUGCAAUAGUUAAUCCAAACAAGAAAACAAAGCCUGGAAAUCCCAUCGGAUAUCGACUGAUUCCGGGAUCGGUUUCAAGUCCUGUUAUGUUUCCUGACGAUUAUCCUCAAGUCCGUGGUGCAUUCACCAAUUACAACGUGUGGGUUACUCCAUAUAACAAGUCUGAGAAAUGGGCAGGAGGAAAAUAUGUUGAUCAAAGUCAUGGGGAUGACACCUUAGCAGUUUGGAGCCAGAGGAAUAGAAACAUUGAGAACAAGGAUAUAGUACUGUGGUACACUCUGGGAUUUCACCAUGUUCCUUGCCAGGAGGAUUAUCCAAUGAUGCCGACUUUGAGCGGUGGAUUCGAGCUCCGGCCACUCAAUUUCUUUGAGAGAAGUCCUGUACUCAAGGUGUUAUCUCCUCCACCGGUUCCAUUACCAAAUUGCACCCGUAGACCGUGAGAGAAAAGGCAGCAAAAGGGAACCCACUAAGGAUAAUAAACUGGACGUUUCCUUGAGACUAAUAUGAAAUAUUGUAAUCUCACGGAAAUAUGUUCCACGGUUGCUAUGCUUCAAUUCCUUAAAUAAACAAACUAUUUGGUU